CCUGUGGGCGUUAGUCACACAGUGAUCACAGUUCACACCUGCAGUGAAGCCCCUCCCACAACAAUUCACCAAUAAAUACUGGGAAUAUUCCCAUCAUCCUACAAGAGAAGGACAAACUCCAGGAGUAGCAGCUGAAAUCUGUGUGACUGUUAAAGAUGGAGUUUAUUAAAGAGGAGAUUGAAGACAUGAGUGAUCCAGAACCAUCCAGAAUAAAAUAUGAAGAUGCUGAGCAACAAACAGAGUGGAUGGAGAUUAAACCUGAAAAACAUGAACUUAAUGAAACAGAGGAGGAACAGCAUAGCAUCAAAGCUAAUAAGCUUUACACCUGCCCUCAGUGUGGAAAGAGUUUCAGACAAAAAGGACACCUUAAAAUACACAUAAGAAUUCAUACCGGAGAGAAACCAUUUACAUGUGAUCAGUGUGGUAAAGAUUUUAUUUCGUCAUCACAUCUAAUCAAACACCUGAAAGUUCAUGCAGAUGAGAAGCCGUACGUGUGUUCUCUCUGUGGAAAGAGUUUUUCAAGGCUGGAUCAUUUUAAACUACACCAGAAAACACAUAAUGAAGUGAGAGAUCAUGUGUGUUGUGACUGUGGUAAGAGCUUUACAAGAGCUGACCAACUGAGACAGCACCAAAGUUUUCAUACCGGAGAGAAUCCUUACAAGUGCUCAUCUUGUGACAAGAGUUUCAAUCGGUCAGAGCACCUGAAAUCACACGAGCGACUUCAUACUGGAGAGAAGCCUUACCAGUGUACUCAGUGUGAGAAGAGUUUCAGAGAUGCAACCGGUUUAAAAAGUCAUCUGCGCGUUCACUCUGGAGAAAAACAUUUUAACUGUGAUCAGUGUGGUAAAGAGUUUAUUUCGUCAUCAAAUCUAAAUCAACACCUGAAAGUUCAUUCAGAAGAGAGGCAUUAUGUGUGUUCUCUCUGUGGAAAGAGUUUUUCUCGACUGGAUCAUUUUAAACUGCAUCAGAAAACACAUAAUGAAGUGAGAGAUCAUUUGUGUUGUGACUGUGGGAAGAGCUUUACUAGAGCUGACAAUCUGAAUCGGCACCAAAGAAUUCAUACUGGAGAUAAUCCUUACAAGUGCUCAUAUUGUGACAAGAGUUUCAUUCGCUCCAGAUCUCUGAAAUCACACGAGCGAAUUCAUACUGGAGUGAAAACUGUACCACUGCCCUCCAUGGGAGAAGAGUUUUAAAAGUUUAUCAAGCCUUCACAUUUGCAAAAACUAGAAACACUUGAGAUUUUAAUCUUCACCAGUCAAGAAGGGGGAGGGGUAAUGUCAGGGUUUAGUUCUGUUUUGUCUUUGUUUUCAUUGUGUUCACCUUCUGUUUGCUCAUCUUCAGUUGACACAGCUUUCCCAUAUGGUUCUUUGUUUCAUUCACCUGUUGCUCC